AUGGCUGGAUACAGGGUGCGAGCGGCGGAGCCGGGGGACUGCGAGGAGAUCAUACGGAUGAUAAAGGAAUUGGCGGAAUAUGAGAAUCUGUCGGAUCAGGUGAAGAACACAGCAGAAGGGCUGCGCCGUGACGGCUUCGAGGAGCCCUCCCCUCUAUUCCGCUGCCUGGUGGCCGAGGAAGAAGAUGAACAGAAAAGAGCAGAAGGGCCGCGGUUGGUGGGUUGCGCCGUGUCCUACUACAUCUACAGUACAUGGACGGGGCGAGCGCUCUUCCUGGAGGACCUCUACGUCGCACCGCAGUACAGAGGUAAAGGUAUCGGCUCCAAGCUGCUGACGGCGACAGCAGAGCUGUGCCUAUCCCUGGGCUGUUCCCGCCUUCAGCUCUCUGUUCUGGACUGGAACCAGCCGGCCAUCUCCUUCUACCAGUCCCGCGGGGGACGCAACUUAUCCGACGAGGAGGGGUGGUGCCUAUUCCGCUUCCUCCCCGAUGACCUACAGCGGAUGAUUUCUAAGAGUGCCGAGAAGGGUGGAGACUCUGGACUGCCGUAA